UCCGUCCUUAUGCAAUUGAACUAAGCAGUCUGCGAAAUCAUAAGAAGCAGGAGCAACGAAUUACUGAGCCGAUGCUUCUUAUUUUACCCCAUCCAUCCAAAAUGGAAUUAGACUGCGCAGACUUUCUCUGACUCAUUUGAAGCUUCCCAACAAGAAAAAGAAAAAAACCUCACGUAAAGAACCUUCCAUCUCACGGACCCGCAUCAGUUCCUCUUGUUGGUUUUCUUUUCCUCUUUCUUUUGUCCGUCUCUGUUCCAACUCUUGUCUCCUUUUCUCCCUUGUGUUGAAUGGGAAACAAGAGCGAAGACGGAGAGAAGCUGAUGUUAUUUGAUGGGGUAUUGGAGGCUAUGCCCCUCUUCGCCAAGGAGCUUGUCGCCGGAGGUGUUGCUGGUGGCGUUGCCAAGACCAUCGUUGCGCCCCUCGAUCGGGUCAAAAUUCUCUUUCAGACACGAGGAGCUGAAUUUCAGAGCACAGGGCUUUAUGGAUCAGCGAAAAGGAUUGCUACAACAGAAGGCUUUUUGGGAUUCUACAGAGGAAACGGAGCAAGUAUUGCAAGGAUUAUUCCCUACGCAGCCCUUCAUUACAUGUCCUAUGAGCAAUACCGCAGAUGGAUAGUGCACUCUUUUCCUGAUGUCUGGAAAGGCCCUACCCUUGACCUUGUAGCAGGUUCAUUAUCUGGAGGCACAGCUGUACUCUUUACUUAUCCCCUUGACUUAAUUCGGACUAAAUUAGCCUAUCAGGUUGUAAGCACAACAAAGGUCAAUGCUUCAGGGAUGGUUAAUAAUGAACAAGUUUACAGAGGGAUCCUAGACUGUUUUGCAAAAACUUACAAAGCAGGCGGCAUUAGAGGUCUCUACCGGGGAGUAGCUCCAUCAUUGGUUGGGAUAUUCCCAUAUGCGGGUUUAAAAUUCUACUUCUAUGAGGAAAUGAAACGCCACGUCCCUGAGAAGCACAAAGAAAGCGUUGUGGCCAAACUCACGUGCGGAUCCGUAGCAGGUUUAUUGGGACAGACCUUCACAUAUCCCCUCGAAGUUGUUCGGAGGCAAAUGCAGGUUCAAAAACUUCGGGCAUCUGAUAAUGUACAAUUGAAGGGCACUCUGAAAACCCUUUUCAUGAUUGCCGAAAACCAAGGUUGGAAGCAACUAUUUUCAGGUCUGAGCAUCAACUACAUAAAGGUUGUCCCAUCUGUUGCCAUUGGAUUUACAGUUUAUGAUAUUAUGAAGUCAUGCCUCAGAGUUCCAUCAAGAGAUGAAGCCACACUUGAAGUGUUAACCAACAAAAGAAUCAGUCAACCAUCCCAUCAGUAGUAGUAAUGAUGAUAAUAAAAAAAAUCCCUUUCGAACUCUUCUGAAGCGUUAGAAUGGCUUCUUAGUCUGAUUCUAUUUCAACAUAAUCUUAGCUGUACAUUGCAUUCUUUCAAGUAUUAAAGUGCGAGGUGGAGAUUAUGUACCAUCUCCAAGUAGGGCUUACAUGUAUUUUUAUACGCCCUCCAAGAUAACGAUCGGUUGGCAGGGCAAGCGUCAUUGAUUUCAUCAUUUCCUGAGAAAGAAACUAUGUUUCUUGGGAAGAUUGGAGAUGUAUCAUGUACAUAACAGUGUUAAGAUAAAUUAGACUUGCCAUGUGCAAGAAUAAUGAAAGGAUUAUAAAUUAA